UCACACUGUGCAUUGCACACACACACACGCGCGCGCGCGCACACACACACACACACACAUAAAUUAGAAACUAACCUUUUCUAAAAAUGUAAGUUCACAGAAUGUGUGUCUGUGUUUUUGGGAUCAGACCAUUAUAAAGGACACCACACUAACUGUGUGCGCGCGCGCGCUCGUGUGCGCGUGUUAGAAUGUAUCGGUGUGUCAGAAUGAAUGUGUUAAUUUGUGAGAACUAACACACACACACACACACACACCGUUUGUUGAUUUAACACGUUACUUUCUUUAUCGAUUCAUUCAUCUACCGGGUGGCGGUGCAUUGUGGGAAGUGCUCGAGACGCAAUUCCAUCGCCGUUAAUUAAUGCAGUGUUUCUAUUAAAAUACUUUUUUUAAAAGCGCGUGCACGGUGCAUUAGCAAAAAAAAAAACACACACCCGUGCGCGAGCGAGCGUCACGCUGCGUGUGUGUGUGUGUGUGUGUGUGUGUGUUUCCCAGAGCGAUGGGCGGAGAUGGGAUAUUCAGAUCCUCGCGCACUGAAUGACAGCCUCCAAAUGCGCCGAGAAACUCUGCUGCUGCUGCUGCUGCUCGUGCUGCACUCCUCACAGCCCUCUACACACACACACACAAAUACACACACAUACACACACACACGCACGUACAUGCGCAUACACCCAUGCAGCUCUCGCGCACGCACGCGGCGCUGAAGCUCUCUCUCUCUCUUUCUGCGCGUGUUCGCGUUUUAUUUCUAUUUAUGCGACAUUUUAUCAACUUUAAUUAGUCUCCAUCUUAGCGGAAGAAGCGCGCGCCAGGUAUUCCUGUUCUUGCACUUCUUGUUUUCUUUUCCGUUUUAAAAAGGAAAGAAAAUCAUUUCCGAAGAAGAAGAACAACAAGAAGAGAUCGCGCGACUAGUUUUCGGGUUCGAGAUCAUUUUGUCUCUCUCGUUUUUUCUUUUUUUUGGACAAAAGACUGGAUGCAUCUGUAAAGAAGAAUUGUCCUCUUUUUGUUUAGUCUUUAUAAUUUUGUGUCAUUUUUUUUUGUUUUGUUUUCUGGAAGAAAAAACACGCCGGAUCUCUUAAAUACACUAGAAGAAGAAGAAGCAGAAGAAGAAGCGGCGCGCGACAUCACUUUCUCUUCUUUUUCAUUUUUAUUUUUUUAGGAAGAUCUCACCUCUAACAUCGCAUGCAUCAGCUGAAGACGUGAAUCCUGUUCCGGUUAUUUUUAAAGAAAAGAAACCUCGGACUUCUCCAUGCAUUAGAAAAAGGAAACACUGAAACAGUCUCGCGCGAUUAUUUUUUUUCUUCCUCCCUUGUUCAUUUUUUUUUAAUUUCACACAUGCAUUGAACAGAGUGUGUGUUUUUCGGACACUUCACACUCAUGCAUUAGCGCCGCGUCUCGUGCGCGGUGUUUUUUUUUUAAAUUAUUAUUAUUAUUAUUUUUUAUAUAUAUAUAAAUCUUUAUAUUUUUGGAGUUGUUUUUGUUUUUUUCCGGCGCCAUGUCCUAUCCUCAGGGUUACCUGUACCAGCCCGGCCCGGGCUCUCUGGCUCUCUACCCGCUCAGGACUGAGGAGCUCGAGCUGGCCGCGCGCUGCUCGUCUUCAUCGUCGUCGUCUUCCUCCUCCUCAUCUUCCUCGUCCACGGGUUCCGCCUUCACUCCGUAUCCCGCGUCCGCCGCCUUCACCGCCUCCGCCACGGGCGGCUUCGCGAGCGCGCUGAGCUACCACACCGACCCGGCCACCGGCUUCCCCUCCUACAUGGCCUCUCCGUAUGACCCCCCUCCCUCGGCCAUGGCCGCUCCGCUCGGUUUCCCGCCAUACGGCAGUGCGGGUUUCCCGCCGCCCCCGUAUCAGCUCAACGACCCAGCGUACCGGAAGAACGCCACGCGCGACGCCACGAGCACGCUGAAGGCCUGGCUGAACGAACACCGGAAGAACCCGUAUCCCACCAAGGGGGAGAAGAUCAUGCUGGCCAUCAUCACCAAGAUGACGCUCACGCAGGUGUCCACGUGGUUCGCCAACGCCAGGCGGAGACUCAAGAAGGAGAACAAAGUGACCUGGGGCGCGCGAGCCAAGAGCGAGGAUGAGGACGAGGAGGAAGGAGCGCGCGCCGAGCGGAAAGAAGACGAGGACGAUGAGGACGACAAGCACGCGGACAACGGAGACGCGUCCGCUGAGGAUGAGGGCAUCAGCCUACAUGUAGACUCUCUGACUGACCACUCAGCCGAGUCGGACGGAGAGAAAGUCCUCUGCAGGAUUGACGACUUCUCCUGUAAACCGUCUCCCGAAGUGAAAGAGAAGCGCUCCGAGACGGACCUGACCUCAGCUCACGGGGGUCACGCGGGUCUGUCCCCCAAACCCGUGACCUCGUCGCCUCUGACUGGGGUGGAGGCGCCACUUUUAGACACGCAUCGUGACAAAAACAAGACCUGCGCUGACAUCCAGAGCCAAAACAAGCCCAAGCUCUGGUCUCUGGCUGAAAUCGCAACUUCAGACCCCAAACAGCCGCUCCAGAGCCAGAACUGCCCCUCGGGGGGCGGGAUUUGGACCUCCAGCCAAUCAGGCGCGGCUCCCUCGGCCUCCAUCUUGGCCAGGCCGAUUUAUUACACGUCCCCUUUUUACGGCAAUUACGCCAAUUACGGGAACUUCGGGCAGGGGAUCCUGCGCUACGGCUCCAUUCAUAAACACACCCCUGAGACGGCGAUGCUAAAGGCUAAUCACACUAAUCACGUCCAGACGGAGCAGCACUUCAGGGCCCUGAGCAUGGAGGCCAAGAAAGCAGAUUCCGGUGACGUGUGCACACUCGCGCCUCAGUCGUACCUCUCCAGCUAAAGACGAAGAUGGCCGGCAGGUAGGUGUCAUCGAGCGAGCCUUCCUCUUCCUCAUCCCAUGCUGGCGUUCCCUAAUCCUGGAUUUUUGCUCCUACACCGGAUCAUAUUCGGUGUCAUUUCUGAUAAAUAAGGACCUAAAUGGACAGAAGGUGUGUUAUAGGACAAGUGUGUGUUUUUAUUAAUUAGAGUAAUGAUCUAUCCCGUAACGAAGGACACGGUUUCUCAGGACCCCUACGUUUUGCUUCAUUGCCACCCUGAUGCUACGCGCUAAACCUUGGGACGUUUAUCCGAAGACUUUUAUUUUGUUUUUGUUUUUUUUAAAAAUUUGGGCCAGAAGCGACACACGGAAGCGCAGGACGGCGACGCGGCGCCGGUGAACAGUGGAAUAUUUGAUAUUUAUUUUUGUAAAUGAGGCAAGACGCCUGUAUUAUUUAUGCAAGUUGUAUUGCAACGACACACUAAAACAAAACAAAAACAAAACAAAAAAAUAAACAAA